UCCUCAAGGAUCCGCCUAAGGGGGAGGGUCCAAGGAGGGAAGGGCUCAUCGGAGCUCUCUCAAAUUUGCCUUUGGGAGCUGUCGGCCCUAACGCCGCUCUGAAACUUUUCCACUCGGCUUUUUGGUUUGGAAAGGCCCUUUGCCCCCCCCCUCCCUCCCUCCCAAGAUGGGGAUCUCCGUGCGGAACAGCUCUCCCGCUUCCCUGAGGUGGGGACAGCGACGCUAGAAGUCCGGUCUGGAUGCAGCGGGUGCGUUUCCAGGGCUGCGGCCAUGAAGCACUGUUUCUACAACGAGUCGGUGGGUUUCUUCUACAACAACAGCCGGAAGGAGCUCACCUCCUACUGGAGGACCAAGGACGUCCUGGUGGUGGCCCUGGGCCUGACCGUCAGCGUCAUCGUCCUCCUCACCAACCUCCUGGUCAUCGCCGCCAUCAUCAUCAACCGCCGUUUCCAUUACCCCAUCUACUACCUCCUGGGCAACCUGGCAGCCGCCGACCUCUUCGCCGGCAUCGCUUACAUGUUCCUCAUGUUCCACACGGGGCCAAGGACAGCCGAGCUCUCCCUGAAGACCUGGUUCAUCCGUCAGAGCCUCCUGGACACCAGCCUGACCGCUUCGGUGGUCAACCUCUUGGCCAUCGCGGUGGAGAGGCACCAGACGGUGCUGACCAUGCAGCUGCACAGCAAGAUGUCCAACCAGCGCGUCAUGAUCUUGAUUUUAUGCAUCUGGGUGAUGGCUCUGCUGCUGGGGCUGAUCCCGUCCUACGGCUGGCACUGCCUCUGCGCCCUGGAGGAGUGCUCCAGAAUGGCCCCGCUCUACAGCCGCAGCUACCUGACUUUCUGGGCCAUCUCCAACCUCCUCGUCUUCCUCCUCAUGGCGGUGGUCUACGCCCACAUCUUCAUCUACGUCAAGCGGAAGAUGGGGCGGAUGUCGGCGCACACCUCCUUCCACCCGCGCUACAGGGAGACCGUGGUCGGCCUCGUCAAGACGGUCACCAUCAUCCUUGGCGCCUUCGUGAUCUGCUGGACCCCCGGGCAAGUGGUGCUGCUGUUGGACGGGCUGGGUUGCAAGAGCUGCAACGUUCUGGCCGUGGAGAAAUACGUCCUCCUGUUGGCCGAGAUCAACUCGUUGAUCAACGCCAUCGUCUACUCUUAUCGGGACAACGAGAUGCGGAGCACGUUCCGGAGGAUCCUCUGCUCCGUCUGUUAUCGGAACCCCAAAUACACCCCCACGGCGGUGAAGCUGAACGCUGCCGACCGCGGGACGCUGUCUCCGAACGGGCACUUCACGGUGGACUCCUCCAUUUGAGGCGUCGGCGUUGCUCGUUUUCUGAGCACAGGAGCGGAGGGAAUCCCUCCAACGGGAGACAUCGCGCUGCGGGGUGAGGAUCCCCACAAACGCCCGUCACCCGUAAAGGACAAGAGGCUUUUAUAAGGGACCACCGAACGGUUUGUUCAUUAGCGUGCUUAAUUAAAGGCUGUUUCUAAAGCCACCUUGGUUUCUUUGGGUUCGCUGCAAAGGUGACGGGAAUCUCA